AUGAACGCCACCGGAUGCUUGACGGCCCUGGGCGACGGCGGCGAAGCGUUCGUCGUGAUCUCGUCGGACGGCGACGACGACGACGACGACGACUACGGCCGCCGCAGUCACCGGGGACGCCGUCGCCGCCGGCACGCGGAGCCGCGGAGCACGUCCCCGCGGUGCCCGCUCGGCAGGCCACCGACGCCGCCGCCGCCGCCGACCGGUCUUUCGAUGGCCACCGCCGAAGCGUACAAGUCGAGGCCGCGUCGCAAAGACCGCGGCGCCUUCGUCGUGCUGCCCGAACCGCCUAUGGCACCGUCCGCGGCCACGUCGUCCACCGCCGACGACGACGCACAGGCGCCAGUGAACGGAGGCGCAAGCGCCAGCGGCCGCGUCAGCCCGUUCCGUGGCUAUGGUUUCAAAACGCCCGAAAACGGACGGUCGCGUGCGUCCAGCCCGUCGUCGUCGUCCGGACGGCCGCUGAGACGCCAGUCGUCCGAACCGCGGAUCGUGGCCAACGGUCGUCGGCCGCCCGCCAACGCGGCUGGUGGCAAACAGCUGUCGGCGUCCACCAAGGACCUGUCGGCGACCGGAAAGAGGACGUCCGGUUCGUCUACUAAACAACCGGCGGCGGCCACGAGCGGUGCUGUGGGUGGUCGGAAAACGCCGGCCGUGGCGGGCAAGCCGCCGUCCGUCCCGACGGCCAGCAACCCGGUGGCCGUCAAGUCAUCGCCGCGUAAAAAGUUGCCGGCGACGCCACGCAAACCAGUGCCGCCGAAAUCGCCGCUGCCGCUCAGGUCGCCUAAAACGCCGAGACGGCAGCAGCCGGUGGCCGGCGCGGUGGCCGGCAACAGACCACACGCCGCCGCAGCGAAACCGACCGUUAGCCGUCCACCGGUCAAAUUAUCGCCACGCUUGUCCAAGAAACAGCCGAUGGCUACGGCCACGGCGUCCACAAAACCUCAAGUUCAGUCGAAAGACGUCGCCCGCCCGCCAACUGACAGUGGCGCAGUAAAGACUGUCGCGGCUACCGCCACGGCGACAGCGACGGCCGCGUCGACGGCACCGUCGACAUUGGCAACAGCGUUCGGUUCUUCGCCGACCACCACGGCACCGACAUUGGCCGUGUCCACGACGGCGACGACGGCGACGACGGCGGUAUCGUCAGUCUUUCCCAUCACGGCGUCUACCUCGGCCACAGCCAUAGCGACCACGCACGCGACCAACGCAGUCGCUUCGGCCGUGGUCGACGGUGGACCGAUCGUCACGGCCGUGCCUCCUCCGGCAGCCAUUGCCGCAAACACCCUGGCCACAUUGUCUGUCGUAGACCCGCCGGCCGCGACAUCGAGACCGCCCCAGAGCGCGGUGCGGCCUCGUGAUCCACCGGCCGCCGAUCCGCCGAAGCCAGCCGCUACCGUAGUCGUGAUGGACGGCAAUCCACUGCCGGAAGCUGCGACCAAACGAAAGUCCGUUGCCGUCACGAUGACGACCACGCCACCGCUGUCAUACGAGUUACAAGAGAUCGUAGUGGAACCGGAAAUCGAAAAUCAGAGCGGACGAACGGCCGUCCGGUUGUCCGUGGACGCUGACCGCAACAAAACGUCGUCCACGGCCAGUAGCAGCAACGGUCACAAAACUGUCGCAUGGGCGAGGCCAUCUGAAAAAAUCAUCGUUCCAGCUGAAGUUCCGCGGUCGGCCGAGGCGGUGACCACCAAAGAUCCGGCCUACAAAAGAUAUGCGCGGAAGCUAUGCGGUGGUGGUGGCGGCGGAAGUAGCAGCGGCGGUGGCCGGAGUGGACGUCGACCGACCGUCGGCCACGUAUCGCCGUCAGUCACUGCCGCCGCGGAUGGACGUGCGUCAAAGUGCUGGGCGGCUGUAUGGAAACGGCGGCCGCGGCCGUGUGGCCGGUGUUGUAGCCGAAAACGGUCGACUGCCGAAACGGCCUCCUCUGCAGAGACCGCGUCCGAAGGCCGACGACAUCCGCAGUGGUGGCGGCGGUGCAGCGACAAGUUUUGCUGUUGCUACGGCAAGCGGACGAACAAAAAGAAACUCGCGGCGGCCACGUCGUCGUCGUCGUCUGACCACUCGGUCGGCGCGCUCGGCAUCGCUCCACCGACCGUAAUGGCCACCGACACAUUUUGCGGCAAGUUGAAGAGGCAGUUGCGUCGCUGCUGUUGUUGCUGCAGUUGGUGUUGUGGCUGGUGCGCCGUACCGAAGUUCGUCAAGCGGAUCUGCUGCUGUUGCGCCGGCUGCCGUGGUAAGUCGACGGCCCCGAAGAGGAAAUCGGCCGACUCACAGAAGAGGUCUUCGUUCAAGUGUACCGGUUGCUGCACGAAUAUACCUAAAUUGGAUGCAGUUUUCGUCGAUCAUUCGUCAGUUAUGAAAGGUGCUAUACCAGUAUUACCAGUAACACUGGCAUGGUUGUGUUUAGUGUUCAACGUGAUUAUUCCGGGAGCAGGCACAUUCUCCAGUGGUUUGCUGUGCCUGUGCGUUGGUAAGCCAAGAUUCACGGUCAACGAUACCUUCCAGUCCCGAGUAGGCGCAUUCUGUGUGAACUUCGUCGUGGCCGCUGCUCAGAUGUUCACGGUGCUUUUCUGUUUAGUCGGCUGGGGAUGGAGCAUAUGGUGGGGUGUGAUAAUGCUCAAGAUGGCCAAGAAAUAUCAGAAAGUCAAAAUAAUCGAUCAACCCAUCGAAGCGCCCGUUGCCGUCGACCACAAUCACCAGAUCUAAUACAGUAUACAGACGUUUUAUUGUUGGAUUUGGAUCAUACAGCAUAAUUUAUUGUCAUAUUAUACGAAAUUUUUUAUUUUAAUACAUAGCCAUUAUAUAGGAUAAUGAUAUUGUAUAUAUUGUAAUAAAUUGGAGGUACAAUAUCAUAUCCAUAUAAUGUAUGUUAGAUACCUACUUGGCUACUUGUGUUAAAAAUAAUGCAUACCUAGUGAAAUAGUAUAAUUUAUAAUAAUAUAAAAUAUUUUGAACAUUUUUGUCCACCUAUAAUAUUAUAUUAGUUAGGUACAAAUCAUAAUAUGUGUAUAUGUUAAUAUAUUUGCAGACUUUAAACGUUACAAAUUUACAAUACUUAUGUUUUCAAUAAUAUGUAUAGGUAAUUAGGUAUACCAAGUGCGUUUUAUGGACACGAUAACUGGUGAAAACAUCGGGAUUUGCCACCUAUAUUGAUACUGAUACAAUACGUUUUUUUGAGAUUAAGCGAUUUACCUAUUUUGUGUAAAUCGUAAGCGUGAUGAUCUGAAACUAUGAGGACUGACGAGGUAUUACAUACUCUGUAAGCCGUGUAAAAUAUAAAAUUAGUAAUAACACUUAUAAAAGAACUUUUUAAUGAUAUAAUAAUUAACAUACAAUUAUUGACUAAUGACUAUACGAGUAAUUUAUACAACAAUAUAAUAUAUACACGCACAUAUAUGUAUAUUAAAUACAAACAAGACUGGGCAUUAACGAGUUAAAAUGUUAAUUUUAUUUUAUCUUCUUACUAACUUUGUAACUUCUCACUAGUUGCGAGUAUGGGGUUUCCAUUAGUUUAACUACUAACUUGACCUAAUUGGUUUUUAAUUAAUGUGAAAUUGAGUAAUUAAAUUUUCAUUUUAAGAAAAGUUAAACUAAUUUAUUUUAUUUUAACAUUUCAAUCGAUUUUGUUUACAUUUGAAAAAAUAUUCUUCGGGUAAUUUUUAGUGAGAACUGGUAACGAAAAACUUCAAAGAAGUACUUUAUAAGUAUAAAAAUAAUGUGUAAACACUAUAUUAUAGACAUAUAGUUUUAAAUUGAUAAAAAAUUAGACUAUGGUGAUGUAAAUAAAACAAAAAUCAACUUGUUUUUAACUAAGGUAAUAAAAGUAAAAAUAAAACUGGACAUUACAUUUUAACUAAGUUAACCGAAAAUGAAAUUAUCUUUUUCAUAAUAAUGCACAUAAACUUAACUGAAUUAAAAA